AUGGCGAGCUGGCAGGCUUCUUCAGAAGUGAAAGGGGAUUGCGUCAGGGGUGUUCUCUAUCGCCAUAUUUAUAAUUUAACGGUGCUUACAGAUGGGAAAGUUCGAUCAGUGGAAGGGAUUGUCAAAGUUUUCGACGACUUCGCCAAAUUCUCGGGUUUGAAGAUUAGUAUGAAAAAAUCGACAAUGUUCUUAGCUAGUGUUUCGGAAAAUACUCGGCAAGCAAUAGAGAACCGUUUUCACUUUGCGAUGGGACUUCUCCCUGUCAGGUUACCGAGCAAAUGUAUUCGCAAGAUUGAAAGAUUAUGUUCUGCGUUUCUUUGGUCUGGCCCUGCUCUGAGCUCAACAAAAGCAAAGCUCCCUUGGAGUGAAGUGUGUCGCCCUCGUAGUGAAAGAGGACUGGGCCUUCGUCCUCUAAAGGAAAAAUAUGACGUACGUUGCUUUAAGUUAGGAUGGCUGAUCGAUAUAACAGGGAGACGAGGAGUCAUUGAUAUGGGUAUCCCUCUCUAA